CAACUAAGUUUCUUCACUCUCCACUUCAUAAUAUCAACUUCAUUCUAAACAAUUAUAAAGAACAAAUUAUACAUGUCUCCACAAACAUAAAGAAAAUAAAUUGUUUAAGGAAAAUAUAUUAUUUAGAAUAUUAAAUAUACCGGGAAAUUAAUUAUAUAUGUGUGGGCGGGUACCCAUGGGUCGGGUUUACCUAAACCCAAACCCAACCCGACCCGGUGAAUGGUGUAGCGGGUUUAAACCCGAACCCGGCCCAAAACCCGUCAACACGGAUUUUACCCGCGUUGACCGGGUUGGGUCGGGUGGGUACCCGUGGGUUCGGGUUUUGUUGCCAUCCCUAAUCUCAACCUUUUUAUUUAAGGAAGGUGGUGACGAAGGUGGCACAGGGAAAUACAGUAUACCAGUUUUCUCCUUCGGGAGCAGCUUCGACCAUAUUCAGACACAUUAGAGAUGCGAGGUUAACAGGAACACUUCUCUGAGCUUGCCCAAGACAAACAAGUCAAGUUUACGAAUAAUGGAAUGACCACGGUACCUUGGAAGCAGUUGACGAUCAACAAGUGGAGGAAUCGAAUAGGAUCUGGGAGGAAAGAACCAUCGAUGCGGUCCUUCGGGAGUUUCGAUAGUCAACUCAAAAUCCUGAAGCCGUGCAAGAUCGCUUCUGCUCGUAAUGGGGUCUUCUCUAGCGGGAAGAUCAAGGAUCUUAGCAAAUUGAUGAGACUGAAAGUAGACUCUUAUGUCCGUGGAAGAUCGACACCAGAUGAGAAUCUGAGGGACCAGAAAGGUCAAGAUUGUGGUAGAACCUCCUCACGACAUGGGGGCAGUAACUUUUGUUUCCUUGACUCCGGAGAACAAAGAAAUUUUCCUAGCCAAGAUUUUUGAACUCGUACUCGGCGACAAUGAUGGUUUUGCUUGAAAACGAGAGAUAGUCACCAAGACUGGAGGUGGAUCGAUAGUCUUCGUUGGAUAAAGAAAGUAUCUCCAUCUCCACAAACUAUCGACUGUUCUUUGCCAUUACGGGAUUUCAGAUUGUAGGGAAGAAGGAAGUGGGAGAAUGUGAAAACAGAAGAGAGAGAUAAUGUAGGUGUAAGAUGGAGAGAUAAGUGGGGAAAGAAAAAGUGGUCGUGGGGGGUGGAGACUGUGGAGGUAAGUGGAAUGUCAAGAAGAUUACGAAAGAUAUGUAAUGAUGAUGGUAACUCGUGUAUGUUAAACUAUGGUAAAUCAUGCUAGUCAAACUAGGGUUGCUUAGGAAUCAAUGGUCGUAGGUUCGUAACUUCUUCGAGGCCGAACAAACAGAUGAUGCUGCAGGAGAAAUGAAAUGGACUGCUGAUAUGAUCCCAAAUAGCCAACUGUACACGUCACAAUUACUCGACAAAGAAGCUAACGAAGUUGAGAAGAAGAAGGGCAGAAUUUGGCUAAGUCAAAAUCCGUGUUCAGGGUACAUACUUUGGAGGCAUGGUUCUCUCAAUUGGCUUAGUGGAAAUUCAAUUUUAAGGGUUUGUUUUGCAGAUAAAGUUACCAUAUUUCCAAUGGUAUGCUUGGUGGAUCCAGAUGAUGUCAUUAAGGUUGUUUUCCAAGGCCUCAAAUUUGCUACCUCAAAACUGGAAAACUGCCAGAAAAUGGCUAAGGCAGGAAACUGUUUUCUGAAGCCUACUUUGGAGCUCAAUUCAAGGAGCAUGGAUGGGAUUCAUGUCAAAAGGCGUCCACAACAUGAAACUAGGUAUGUUUAUCUACCAAGGGAAGGAAUCGGAUGAAAGAUUGGAGUUCGGGAAGGCCUCGAACGCAAGGCGCAAAGUUAGUACGAAAGCUGUCUUUUGACUGUUUUGCGGGCAGCUUACUUGUGCUUCAAGAAAGGAAGUUUAAACCCGAAUUUUGUGUCCUUUUAGUGUAGAAGUUUACCUUAAUUGUUUCCUAGUUAUACUAUGAUUGUAUUAGGUUUUAUUUGCCUUUAAAUAUCGUUCUAUUUCGUUGUAAAAUUCAGACGUUGAUUAAUCGAAAAGAAACCGUUUGGUUUGUGCAAGUUGCGACUUGUUUUGGGUUUGGUGGAUUCCAAACUUGCUGAGCUUGUGUAUCGAUUGAAUAGUCACUUCAAUCGUGGUCGAGCAACUACCCUUUUAUACCAAUCGAGCUAUCCCCAGGUGUGGAUUUGUCCUUUUGGUUCCGUUUUAUCCAAGUUCGUAUUAAGAACGCGUUGUUUUUUAUUCGAGCUCAAUCGAUUCUUCGAUUGAGUCGUUAGCUGCUUGACUUUGAUAACAUACACCCCCCAGGGGCGUAUUAGCUGCUGCAGGAGAAAUGAAAUGGGCUCGCACGUUCCAUACCCACUUUUGAAUAUUUCAUGGAUCAUGUACAAACCAUUUUUGAAUGUUAUUUAAAAACCCUGCAAAAUUCAAUGAUUAGACCUAGAAAUAAUACAGAUCCUGGUCCAAC